AUGGGGCCCCGUCAUCCUGCCUCUGAGACAGCAGGUCAGAGGGCACAGGCUCACGAUGUCGACGACCUUCCUGUCGACCAGACCAGAUCUACAACAGGCGAGAAAAAGGCACCAGUAGACGCUUCCUCCAAAACGAAAAGCGAUGCCAGCCACAACAAGAACGAUGUUAUUCGCUUCGCCCCACUCUCGAUCCCGCGCAGUCGUCGGUUGCAAACUCUCGGCGUGCUCUUCUGGGCGUUGCUUCUCCCCAUCACCUUGAGCCUCUUCUUCUUGCUGCUCUCAGUACCCGUGCUGUGGCCCAUCUUGAUACCCUAUCUCAUCUGGAUCAACUUUAUCGACGAUGCACCCGAGAACGGUGGACGACGCUACUCCUGGGUGCGCAAGCUACCCGUGUUUCGCUACUUUGCCGAAUACUUCCCCAUCUCGAUGAUCAAGACCACCAACCUGCCACCCGAUCGUCCGUACAUCUUUGGCUACCACCCACACGGCAUCCUCGGUGUCGCUGCCGUUGCCAAUCUAGCUACAGACGCUACCGAAUUCCCCACCAGCUUCCCCGGCAUCACACCGCAUCUUUUGACGCUCGCCACCAACUUCACCAUCCCGCUGUUUCGCGAUUGCAUCAUGGCCAUGGGAAUUUGCAGCGUCUCCAAGCGCAGCUGCGAGGCAAUUUUGCAAAAGGGUAAGGGCAAUGCGAUUGCCAUUGUGGUUGGCGGAGCGAGCGAGAGUCUGGCCGCGCAUCCGGGCACCGCGGAUCUGACGCUGCGCAGGAGGUUGGGCUUCAUCAAGAUUGCUAUCCGCAACGGCGCGGAUUUGGUCCCCGUGUUUUCGUUUGGGGAGAACGACGUCUACGAACAGCUCAAUAAUGACGAAGGCACAAAGAUCUAUGCCUUGCAGAAAAAGUUCCAGGCCGUGUUCGGAUUCACGCUGCCCAUGUUCCACGGUCGAGGACUGUUCAACUACAGUGUAGGGCUCAUGCCAUACCGGCAUCCCAUUGUCAGCGUUGUGGGCAAGCCAAUACACGUCAAGCAGAACCCGAAUCCGAGCAAAGAAGAGAUUCAAGAGGUGCAGAAUCGAUACAUUGAAGAACUCAUGAAUAUCUGGGAGACGUGGAAAGACGCAUACGCUGCCAACCGCACCAAGGAGCUCACUAUUGUAGCCUAG